AAGAAGAGAGUGAAACUUCUUACAGGCGCGCGCAUCCCAAGUUUUGGAGAGGAGAGAGCGCGCAGAUGGCUGCUCUCAUCAGCGCGUACUCGUCCUGGCCGGAGUCCUUCGAGUGUCCUCCGGGGGACGGGGACGUGCCCGACGGCCACGGGCCGCACCGGACCGCCGCGGACAAGACGCCGGAGCCGCGGAUCCGGCGGCCCAUGAACGCCUUCAUGGUCUGGGCCAAGGAUGAGCGCAAACGGCUGGCGGUGCAAAACCCGGACCUGCACAACGCCGAGCUCAGCAAGAUGCUGGGGAAGUCGUGGAAGGCCCUGACUCCUCCUCAGAAGAGGCCCUAUGUGGAGGAAGCGGAGAGGCUGCGGGUGCAGCACAUGCAGGACUAUCCCAACUACAAGUAUCGGCCGCGCCGGAAGAAGCAGCUGAAACGCAUCUGUAAGCGAGUGGACCCCGGCUUCCUCCUGAGCGGGCUGGCCCCCGAGCACGGCGCCAUGCCGGAGCAGCGAGCCCUCUGCCACCCCCUCGACAAAGACGACGGCGGCGGCUCCGGUGGAGUCGGCGGCCCGUUCUCCAGCUCCAGCCCCGCUCUGCCCAGCGUCAGGAGUUUCAGGGACCCCGCCGGCUCCAGCAGCAGCUUCGACACCUACCCCUACGGCCUCCCCACCCCUCCCGAGAUGUCCCCUCUGGACGCCAUGGACCACGAGCACGUGCCCCCCUCUUAUUACUCCACGUCUGGCAGCUCCUCCUCAGCUUCCUGUCCAGAUGAUCACCACCAAAACCAGACACACUUGGGCAGCCCCCCCCCUUACCACACUGACUACGCUCAGACCCAGCUCCACUGCGGGGGCUCGCACAUCGCUCACAUCCCUCACAUGUCCCAGUCUGGGGGCAGCGGCGGACUCCUCCCCGGCCCCCCCCCGUCCUACUACAGUUCAUCGCCCUUCCCGCAGAUCCACCACGGGCUCCACCAGGGCCACCUGGGCCAGCUGUCCCCUCCGCCGGAGACGCCGGCCCACCUGGAGACCCUGGACCAACUGAGCCAGGCCGAGCUCCUGGGCGAGGUGGACCGCAACGAGUUCGACCAGUACCUGAACUCCACAGUGAGCGGGUUCCACCCCGAGCAGGGCGGCGGCGCCGGCGGCAUGACGGUGACGGGACACAUCCAGGUGGCGUCCGCCGCCGCCGCCGCCGCUCCGGCCGCCGCGUGUCCCAGCAGCACCACAGAAACCAGCCUCAUUUCUGUGCUGGCCGACGCCACGGCAGCCUACUACAACAACUACGGCAUCUCGUAAGCGUGGCGGCGGCGGCGACACCGGCUGCGCCCGUGACUGAUCAGAGACGCUACACUACCUGAACUCUGGGAUGGCGUUGCGCCUGGAUGCCGAAAGAACAUAUAUCAGAACCUUUAUUCGCAUCUGUGGACAAUUUCAUCCGACCGUGAACUGAAUACUGAGCAAUAUGAUUAUCUGGAGCCCGAUUCGACAAAACCGAGAGCGGUCGGGAGGCUGUGGAAGAAGGAGAUGGACACCUCAGGGAUGCAGACACAAAAUACUAUAGUAUGCCACCUCCAGUUGUCAUGAGUUUUCUUAAACCAGUAGAACAAUCGUCUUUGUCUACUUGUAAAUCUCACUGCUGCCACUGAGGCAUGUACAGACGCUCUGAAGAAGCUAAUUUAAGUACUUUGAUGUUUUUUUUGCUUAAAAUGCUACCUGUAUUGUUAUUAUCAACGCUUUCCAUUCAAAUGUUUGUAUUUUUAUGUUGUCGCUCUCACCAGUUUGGGAGUCUUACCUCAGUAGUUGUAAUUGAAUGAGGUUUUAGUUGGACAUUUCUUAUGCAACUUAAAAAUGAAGAAAGAAAG